AUGCAGAGGCCUACUGAGCAAAAAACUCUAGAACAAGAGCCCCUAGAUGAAAAUCUGCCGGAGGGUGAAGAGGAACGGCAUAUCCAUGGAAUCAAAUGGUUUCUUUUGGUUGCUAGCACGUUGACAGGCAGCUUCAUCUAUGCUCUGGAUAAUACCAUCGUGGCUAAUAUUGCACCGGCCAUCGUUAAUCAUUUUGAUGCGGUCGAGAGUUUGCCGUGGUUAUCAGUUGGGUUUAUGAUCGGUGGAGUGGCAAUGGUUCUUAUUUACGGCAAGCUAUACGCUCUAUUUAACUCGAAAUGGCUGUAUAUCACGUCCACUGUUAUCUUUAUGGCUGCCUCUGCACUCUGUGGCGCCGCUCCUUCCAUAAAUGCUGAGAUCGUUGGACGCGUUUUUGCAGGCGUAGGUGGAAAUGGAAUGUACUUCGGCAUUCUAGAACUUCUAUCAACUAAUACCACGAGCCGUGAGCGUCCGCAAUACUUGAGUUUGACAGGUCUAGUUUGGGGUUUAGGAACCGUCCUUGGUCCCGUCGUUGGGGGUGGAUUUGAAAAGUAUACCUGGCGCUGGGCAUUUUACAUUAAUCUCCUUUUCGGCGCCAUUCUUAUACCGACCUACCUUCUUGUGAUUCCGUCCAAUGAUCCAGCACCUGAAGUGCCCUAUCGACAAAAGCUUUCUAGUUUUGAUUGGGUUGGUAGCUUACUGAACGUUGCUGCAUUUGCAACCCUAGUGAUGGCAAUUAACUUUGGCGGCACUCUAUAUGCCUGGAAUAGUGGCCAAAUCAUUGCUUUGUUCAUAGUGUCAGGGACACUUUGGAUCUUAUUCGGCAUCCAGCAAGGUUUUACUAUUGCCAGCUCCCUACAGGGUCGGUUACUGCCAAUGCAUCUUUUCAGGCAGAAGGAACCGACCCUACUAUUUUUUGCUUGUGCUGCAGUAGGAAUGGUGACAUAUCCAACUGUGUACUACAUACCCAUCUACUUCCAGUUCACUCGGGGCGAUGAUGCAAUCCAAUCUGCCGUCAGGUUGCUUCCCUUUAUCUUUAUAUUGAUUGUGGCCAUUCAGUCAAAUGGCGCAUUAAUGUCUCGCUUUGGUUAUUAUAAGCCAUGGUACUUACUCGGAAGCAUAGUAGCCCUGAUUCCCAGCAAUUCUGAUAGGUUAGCUACUAUUAUCCAAGUCCACACAAGACCGGCCAUUCUCUACGGACUUGAAAUUGUAAUUGGAUUAGGCGCCGGUUCAUAUACUCAGGCAGCCUUUGCUGUGAUCCAGGCCGUCGUAGCCCCCUCCGAAGCUGCCGAUGGUCUUACUCUUAUGCUGCUAGCUCAACUCCUUGGAAUGACCCUUGGACUAUCCAUCACCGGUGCAAUUUUCGUUAACGUCGCCCAAAAUGGCCUUUUCAAGUUGCUUCCCAACCUACCCCGGGAGCAGGUUUCUCAAGUUGUCUCGGGAACCAGCAAUACUGUUCGAGAACGGGCGUUGGAUAUAAUUGUGCACGCUUGGCGCUAUCUAUUUGCUUGUGUGAGCUUUGGGGCAGGAGUCAGCCUGCUUUGCGCAGUGUUUAUGGCAAAUAAACGUGCGAACAUAGUGCCUGCUGCAGGCGGGGCUUGA